GCUCCGUCAACGCAAACACCAUGCCGCUCAAUGACUAUGACGCAGACGCAACAGAGCUACUCGAAACUUAUGAUUUCUUGAUGAAAUACAUCAUCAUAGGAGAAGCAGGCUCAGGCAAAUCUUGCCUCCUCCAUCACUUCAUCCACAACGCCUUCAAGGACCACUCACAACAUACUAUCGGAGUCGAGUUUUCAAGUCGGACCAUCAAGCUUGGAGAAAAGAGGAUAAAGCUUCAGCUAUGGGAUACAGCUGGACAGGAGAGAUUCCGGUCCGUGACGCGCAGCUAUUAUCGCGGUGCUGCGGGUGUCAUAUUGGUCUAUGAUAUCACCAACCGGGACUCAUUCCUUAAUCUGUCACGCUGGUUGACGGACGCACGAGCUCUCGCAAGUACACACCUGGUGGCCGUCCUCGUCGGGAAUAAAUCGGACAGAGAAGAUGAGCGUGAAGUGGAGUGGGCAGAAGCAAGCCGAUGGGCUGCGGAAAACGACGUUCACUUUCUGGAAGCAUCGUCUCUCACAGGCGACAAUGUGGAGGCCCCUUUCCUGCUGGCGGCCCGGUCGAUCUUGCUCUCGAUAGAAUCCGGGGCACUAGAUCCCGAGAAGGCUGGGAGCGGAGUCAGUUAUGGUGACCGGGCGUUACGACGGGUGAACAGCUCGAGCCUGCUCAGCUUUGGGAGCCUGAGCCACUCUCGGAAACGACGAUCAGACAAGAUACGGCUGAAGAACUGGGUGCCCGCGAACAAGUGUUGCUGAACACGAGGGAGGAUGGCAGAUAUCGCAGUUAAGCUCCACUAUUUCGUGGCGGAUGUUAGCGAGCGAUCUUCACGACCGAAGGGCUGCGGACCCGACGACUACAUGACCGACUAUCAAGUACUGGAUACCCUUCAUCCGUCAUACCACCUUCCUUUUCAUCCGUUCUUUUUCUAUGUCGAAUGGUUCAGAGACGCACACGACUGAGGUAUGGAUUUGAUCUAAUAGUUGUUUGCGUAUAGAGAUAGGACACUGUAAUAUGGAUGUAUGUAUGUAGACGUAAUAUGUAUCAGUGAUCU